UAAUAAUUGCUUUUUUUUGCAGGGUUGGAGAUAUUUGCAUAUUUGCUCUAUUUUCAGUAAUUCUCCAAAUAAUGCCGAGCAGUUUCUCAUUCUACAAGUACAUAAAAGCAAAUAAGGAAGACGAAUUGCCGCCUCCAAAACCGCAAUCUUCGGUACUUGAAUGGAAGUUUAUCAACAAGAAUACACCAUAUUCUUACAUAUUACUUAUGGGUGCAGGCGUUAUCCUUGUAAGAGUAAUAGUAUAUCAUAGAGAUAUGCUUGAGUCUGCGAGAAAUUGGUUCAGAUUUUUUAAAGACAUGUCUUUCGUCGGAUCGACGUUCGUCAUAUGUAUAUUCGGAGUAAUAUUUUGCAAUGUGAUGAGCAGCAUUGGUGCCGCCAUCAUAUAUCUUCCCUCAGUCAUAGUUGAGCAAACAGAUUAUCCUCAUUUGUCGGCACUGGCAGCUGGUUUGUCUUGCACAUUUGGAUAUAUGGCUCCGUUUUUGAACACUCCAGCUUAUUUCAGUAAAACAAUUGGUAAAGUGCCGCUUCAAUACCUGUAUUUGUUUCAGAUUAUGUACAAUGUUGGUAGCUCACUCAUCAGUACAUGUGUUUUGUGGGCCAUGAUAGUUGCACUGGGACCAAGCGUCUUUCCAAUUAAAUAAGGGUGAACCUCAAGAAUCUCCAUCAAAGCCAUAGUAAUAAUACAAGUGUAUUAAACCUUAUCUGGGAUAUAGAUAGAGUACAAAAUGGAAGACACCUAUGUACGAAAGAGGCAUAACUAAUUAGAUUAAUACGACUAUGUCGAAGUUCAUGUUAAUAAAUGGAAGUAUAUAGAUAAUUUAAUUUACUUCCAUAUUUAGAUAACGCAAAUAUUCUUAACCCCGCACUAGGGAAACCAUGUAUCGCGGGUGCUAAGGACACGUAUACAUAGACAACCACAAUAACACCCAAACUCACGAGAAAAAUAAAUGUAUGCCAUACAAAUAUUUCUCCGGGCCCAGUUAUUAAUAUUAAUGUAUUUAAUAUUAUUUACCGAAAUAGAUUAUUGAAAUAGAAAGUUUUAAGUUUUAAAGACUGGGAAAUAAUGGAGCUGCACAAUAUAAUGUGAUCGUAAUUUUAUUAUUGAAAAAUAACGAUGUUUUAAUUUGCUGUUAUAAAAAGCAUAAGAUAAUUUGUCGUCUGUUUUGUGAUGUUAGAAAACAGAAUCGUUUGAUCAUGAAUAAGGUAGAAACUUGAUUAUUCAAUGUGAAAGUAAAUUUGG